UGAGGCAACCCGUCUUGCUCGCCCGCACUGACUGCACUGAGUCACUCGCUCACUGUGAGCACUCGGGGAUCUCCACGUUCAGUCAUCCUCCUGUCCACUGCCAACCAUCAAAACCAUGUCGUAUGUUCCUCCACACCUCAGAAAUUCUUCCUCCGCCGCCGCUGCAGUUGUCUCCAAUGGCGUCUCUGAUCACCUCGACUCGAGACACCUCAAUAAUAGCUCGCAUGCUAAACCCGCCUAUGCUAAGAAUAGCAGCACCUGUUCCUCUAUUGGCUACGGGAAUACGGUUAGCCGGAGCUCCGGGAAUUACGCCUUCAAUCGACCGGUUGCAGUCCCCGACCCCGUUUUCCCCGAUUGGAAACCGUCCGAUCGCGUUCUCAGGUUCAAACCGGAACAGGUUCAAGAGGUUCGUUUGCGGCUGAAUGUUGAUGUUACUGUUACUCCAGAUUCUCCUCCUGCGCCUGCUCCCAUCGAAGCAUUUGCUGACAUGAAUUUGGACCAGAGAAUCAUGGAAAACAUUGCUUUCCAUGAUUAUACCACUCCAACAUCUAUCCAGGCCCAGGCCAUGCCUGUUGCUCUUAGCGGAAGGGAUCUUUUGGGAUGUGCAGAAACUGGUAGUGGUAAAACAGCAGCAUUUACCAUACCUAUGAUACAGCAUUGCCUUUCUCAACCACCAAUUCAACGUGGAGAUGGACCCUUGGCGCUAGUGUUAGCUCCAACAAGAGAGCUUGCUCAACAGAUAGAGAAAGAAGUCAAGGCUUUUAGUAGAUCUUUGGACCCGUUCAAAACUGCUAUAGUUGUGGGUGGUACCAACAUUUCUGAGCAGAGGUCUGAGUUGCGAGCUGGGGUGCAUAUUGUGGUUGCAACUCCUGGGAGAUUUAUUGAUCAUUUACAACAAGGAAACACGUCACUGCUGAGAAUUUCAUUUGUUGUUUUGGAUGAGGCUGAUAGGAUGCUUGACAUGGGAUUUGAACCUCAGAUAAGAGAGGUGAUGCGAAAUCUUCCUCAAAAGCAUCAAACUCUGCUUUUCAGUGCUACAAUGCCUGUGGAAAUUGAAGAGCUAGCUCAGGAAUACUUGACGAACCCUGUGCGGGUAAGGGUGGGUAAAGUUAGCAGUCCCACAGCUAAUGUCUCUCAAAAUUUGGAGAAAGUGCCUGAAAAUGAGAAGAUUGACAGGCUUCUUGAUAUGCUAGUUGAGGCAGCUGCUCAGUCAGAGAAGUGUGGCCAACCUUUUCCACUGACCAUUGUAUUUGUGGAACGAAAGAAUAGAUGUGAUGAAGUGGCAGAAGCACUAACUGAUCAAGGUCUGAAGGCAGCUGCUCUUCAUGGUGGUCGAAGUCAAAGUGAAAGAGAGGCUGCGCUCCGCGAUUUUAGGCAUGGUCCUACCAGAAUACUUGUUGCAACUGAUGUUGCAUCCCGAGGAUUAGAUGUCACCGGGGUUGCUCAUGUUAUCAACCUAGACCUUCCAAAGACGAUGGAAGAUUACGUGCACAGAAUUGGAAGAACUGGGCGUGCAGGAUCGUCUGGACAAGCAACAUCUUUCUAUACAGAUCGGGAUGUGUACCUUGUUGCCCAGAUAAAGAAAGCAAUUCAAGAUGUAGGCUCUGGUAAUGCCGUAACUUAUGCAAUGGGAAAGACUGCUCGGAGGAAGGAGAGAGAAGCUAUGGCAGCUCAGAAAGAAGCAAAAGUGGAAUUCUCCAAGCUAUCUUUGCUCGGAAACAAUGAAAUAACCGUGGAAGACAAGUACAGGCACAUGAUUUCUUCUGCAGCAAGCAAAAAAGAGGGCGCAGCCGAUGAUGCUUGGGACGACUGAUCGACUCUGUUGACAAUCUUUUGGCAUGACAAUCCCAAAGAGUACUGCAUUUUCCUUUCAUUCACUUCCAUCGACACAGAGGAAACAGAUACACAUUUCUCCCUUCUCCAUGUUUUGCUUACAUCCUUUGGGAUUCUUGUGUACAUAUGAUGUCUUUCUGUUUGCUUUACGCUACUAACGUAAUCUUUUAAUAGCAAUAACUUUCCAACUUA